CACUGUCGCUUCCCCGACACACGCCUGAGUAUUUAUUUUCAAUAUUACAAGCAAUGGUUUAGUGUGAACCUCCUUAUUUAAAACCAAGUCGCUGAGAGAUUGACAGCCUCAUUUUGGUUUUACUUUUCCACAUGCUGUUAACUCCACUUAUUACCAGAGCCAUGUCCAGGAAGAAGACGUUAAAGGGCAUAGGUAUCUCAAAGAGCCCCAAAGGGUCGCCGGGCGGCGGGAGGACGGGGAAGGGUCUGACCGCCGGGGCUUCACCGACCUCCGGUCUUGUUUACCCCAGCGGACCGUCCAUCAACGGCAGCGGGGAGUUUUAUGAUAUCGCAUUCAAGGUGAUGCUGGUGGGAGAUUCAGGUGUUGGAAAGACCUGCUUGCUGGUACGCUUCAAAGAUGGAGCCUUUCUAGCUGGGAGCUUCAUCUCCACUGUGGGCAUUGACUUCAGGAAUAAAGUGAUGAACCUUGAUGCUUUGAAGGUCAAAUUGCAGAUUUGGGACACCGCUGGUCAAGAGCGAUUCCGGAGUGUCACCCAUGCAUACUAUCGCGAUGCUCAUGCUCUCCUUCUCCUCUAUGAUGUGACGAACAAAGCAUCGUUCGAUAACAUUCGGGCAUGGUUGACAGAGAUCCAUGAGUACGCCCAGCAGGACGUAGUCAUCAUGCUGCUAGGCAACAAGGCAGACUUCACCCACGACAGGGUAGUGAAGAGAGAGGAAGGAGAGAAGCUGGCAAAGGAGUUUGGGGUGCCCUUCAUGGAGACGAGUGCCAGGUCUGGAAUGAAUGUCGAGCUGGCCUUCACAGCUGUGGCAAAAGAACUGAAGCACAGGACCAUGAAGGAGCCCGAUGAGCCAAAGUUCCAGUUGCAGGAGUACGUCAACAAAGAAAUGAGAACUUCUGGCUGCUGUCGGUCAUAGACGAUGACGUCUGUGUGUGAGUGUGUGUGGACCUAAAAGAGAGACUCCGGUCUAAUAUCUAGUAAGUCUGUUCACCAUUGAGACUUUUAUUGUUUAUAUACAGUACAGGCCAAAAGUUUGUACACAACUUCUCCUCAUUCAAUGCAUUUUCUUUCUGUUCAUGACUAUUUACAUUGUAGAUUGUCACUGAAGGCAUCAAAACUAUGAAUGAACACGUGAGGAGUUAUGUGCGUAACAAAAAAAGGUGAAAUAACUGAAAACAUGUUUUAUAUUCUAGUUUUUUCAAAAUAGCCACCCUUUGCUGUGAUUACUGCUUUUUGCACACUCUUGGCAUUCUCUCGAUGAGCUUCAGAAAGGGUUUUCACUUCACAUAGUUUUAAUGUCUUCAGUGACAAUCUACAAUGUAAAUAGUCAUGAAAAUAAAGAAAAGGCAUUGAAAUGAGAAGGUGUGUCCAAACUUUUGGCCUGUUCUGUACAUUGUCUCUCUCAAGUUUAAUGUCCCUCUGCUACUGUGAAUGUAAAAGAGCUCUUACUGUAUAUGCAGGACUCAUGCAUGUUCACACACGAUCCACAGUUGUAAUGUGUGUUUGUUCCCCCUCACACCCUCAUUGAGUGUGUUCUGUGCUGUGACGUGCACAUCUGACAUGCAAGCUCAGUUUUGUGAUCUAUAGAAGCCUAGUUGAAAUACAAGUGUAAAGAUUCAAAGCUGACAGGAAAAAACAAAUCCAUUCCAUGUCAUACCAGAGAAGCUGAAAUGUAAACUGAAGAACAUUUUUUACACAGAUUCUGUAAUGCAACUAAUGUAAGCUUUGUUUUGUAAUUAGAAGUCUAUCUGUAACCAGCCUACGUGUCUAUUCAGCUUAAUACGCAGUUGGGAAAUGUACCGUGUUGUUACACACAUUGUGACUGAAUAGAAAUGUAUUUACACUAAAAAAAAAUGACAAGAGCAUUUCUUUGUUCUUAAGAAGAGAAACACUGCCAUCUUCUGGCAGUUUUUUGUCAUUACAUGGUAAUGAUACGUUGACCCGACGUGAAUAUAGUAUUGUAUUCAUUUUAGAGGAGUCAACCUAACAUUUUUCGAUAUUAAUUUGAUAUUUUCAAGUAAUUUUCUCUUUUGGACCAAAGGAAACUGUAAAAAAAAAAAAGCAAUCUCAUUUUAAACUAGCAUGUUCUGCUAGCUAGGAGUCAUUUAAGCUAAUCCAUUGUUUUUUUUGCCAACUGGUUGCCCGUGGUGUAGUUUAGUAAGUCUUUAAUAAA